UCAAUGUUUAUUUAGAGUGUAGUACACCUUUUGAGUACAAGAUAGCGCUGUUGGUGUUCCAGCAAUUCGUCCAUCAGACUUCAAGUUUCUGAUAAACAGUAUAUACCGUGACUUCGGUGUGUUCGAAACAGUUUGAUGCUCGAUUUCGCGCAGGUAUCGAAGUAACCAAGAUAAUGGUACAGUUCAUUUAUUCAUAAUUUAGAAUUAUAUAGCUUUUUAAUCACGCUUAUACGAUUUAAAAGGAAUAUCAACGGUGUUAUACGAGUGCAAUUUAAAGAUCGACUUUCCGUGAAACGUAUCCUUUAAUAACAUAUAAUGUUACAAGUACGUUACUCAAGAAAUACACGUGCUUUGAUAAAUUAGUAUGCAAUAUAUGAGACAAUUAAAUAAAAGAAGAUUUGUCGAGGAAAUAAAAUAAACCAGAAGCGAAGAUUGAGCUUUUAAGUGAUCACGACCCGGUUGUCUUUUGUAAAUGGAAUCUUUCACAGUAAUAACUACCUGCAUAAGUGACAAGACAAGAAAAUUUACAUAUAAGGCAAGAUAGAGAUGUUUGUAUACUCAGUGCCUUUAAUGCUAUGAUAAUGAUCUGUCUAUGCGACCAAUGUCAAUGUAACUCGUGUUUCUUAUCGAAUGAAAAGCAAUCAUCAGCGUGUCAUGGAGGACGGUGGUCAAGUGCAUUCUAUUACACUCCUCGAAGAAACCUUUUACGUUACAUCCAAGAAAAACACUUAUUACAAGGUGAGAUUGACGGAAAAGGGUCUCAGCUUAGAAAAAGACAAUAAUGGUGCAACUAAGGUUGAAACGAUCAUUUUGAACGACAUAAUAGGAUGUAGAUGUAUGCGUUCGAAACGUAAAAGCGCGGGAAGCUGUGUUUGUGGUCCAGGUACUUCGAGGUCGCAAUUCAAGCUGGUUGAGUCCGUAGAAGCUUUUCAGUGUUACGAUGAGUUCGACACCUCAGCCUAUUUGUAUAUUUAUGCGUAUACGUUGAAGAAAGCACGCAUGAAAGGCAUUAAGAGACGCGAAAGGACGACAAUCACUCUACGGUUUCGCAGCUUUGACAAGUAUGAGGAUAAUCUGCGGGAGGCUAGCAGGUGGCGAUUAGCUAUCAAAUGUUUGAUUGCUGGCGUGCCUGUGCCGAAAAGUUUCAUGAGUCCUAGUCACGAGAACCUUGAGUCGUUGAUUAAUGAUGUAGACAUUGACGUUCAAUAAUUGAUGCCGGAUGUUACAAAGUAAAGCGAGGAAGAAGUUAUUUGCAAUACUUCUUUGUUAACGCAAUUACAUGUUAAUGAAUGCUCAAGUUCAAUAGUACAGUCGAUGCUAUAUUAACCGACAUAUUUUGAUUAUUUAAACGCAGUCGAAAACUUUGGAAUGAGAUAUCUCACGUUAUUCGCUAUUCCUAUAGAACGUAUCGUUUUCUAGUGGCAUUUCAGUCUCAAGUAUAUUAUUUGAUUAAAUAUUUAUUGUGAUUAUAUUUAAGGUUAUAUCAAAUUUAUGCUUAUAAAUCUCAGUUAAAAUCGUGUUACAAAUCACAUACAUGUAUGUUUCUUUCAAAAUAUAACUGCAUCAGAUAAGUACACAUUAGAAUUUUAAACACUUUCUAUUGCAUACCUUGCAUAUGCAGGCCAGGUGCCAACAUAUUCUCUCUA